AGCUCCUAUCUGACCUCAAGAGACCACGAACUAGUCGGAUAUCUCAGGCACACAUCCAGACCUGGUUGGACUAUUCCCAAAGCAGAGCAUGAAAUCUUGCCCUGACGGCUCUUAUCUCAGAGUCAUAAGACGUCACAUCCAUCUGCAUUCCUGCUUUUAUGGAUUCCAACGCAGCUUCAUGAUGUCGCCACAGGAGGAAAUCAGGACACGUCGUAUCAAAGCAACAAGGCGACCUCUCAUAGCUCGGCCAUGUUGACCAGUGAGGGGGCGCACGCCAUGGAGCAGGACGACGCGCACCACCGGGCCAAGAUGGCCUCCGCCGCCACCACCACCAUCCCGGGGGCCGACAUGGAGAUGGAGGAGGAGGCGGACAUGACGCGGUGGGCGGAGGCGGAGUUCGAGGAGAAGUGCCUGUACGUCGUCAAGGACACGCCGUGGAAGGCGGAGUCGGACACGGCGACCAGGGCCGAGGCGUCGCUGCCCCGGAACCUCGCCUUCAAACACCCGGCCGACAGCAAGGAGGUGGUCGGCGUGUGCAGCAGGGAGUACAUCCCCAAAGGAACCCGCUUCGGCCCCCUGGUGGGGGAGAUCUACACGGCCGACAGCGUUCCCAAGGACGCCAACCGCAAGUACUUCUGGAGGAUCUACGAGGGCCCGGACUUCCACCACUUCGUGGACGGCCUGGACGAGACCCGCUCCAACUGGAUGCGCUACGUCAACCCGGCCCACUCGGCCGCCGAGCAGAACCUGGCGGCGUGUCAGAACGGCGCCGAGGUCUUCUUCUACACGGUGAGGCCCGUCCCCGCCGGCGCCGAGCUGCUGGUGUGGUACUGCCACGACUUCGCCCGCCGGCUCCACUACCCGCCGUCCGGAGAGCUGAUGAUGCAGAAACUCAAGCAGUCCCUCCUGGAGGUCAAGCAGCAGCAGGUGACCGACGAGGAGCGUUUGGUGGUGGCCUCCAGCCCCUCCCCCGCCGCGCCGGCCCCCACGCCGCCGCCCAGGAGGGAGCACAGCGUCCUCUCCAUUCUCCGCGGCACCACCUCCUCCUCCUCCUCCACCUCCUCCCCCUCCUCCACCCGCUCGUCCGCGAAGAGGGAGCCCAGCCGACCGCUCCCGACCCGCCCGCGCUGCGCCGACAGCCCCGAGCGCCCCGUGUACCCCCGCGCCCUCUACCCGCCCCUCCGGCCUCACCCCCACGUCCCCGAGGACUUCCUCCACAAACCCGUCCAGCUCGGUUACCCCGCAACCCGUUCCCCCGGCAACCAGUCCUCCACCACCCCCAGCCCGUCGGCAAGGAGCAGCCCGGACAGCAGCCCCCAGGGGAGCCCCUCGGCCUCUUUCUACCCCGCCGGACUGGGUUCUUACCCCGGUUACUCCCCGCCACCUGCCCCCCUCUCCUCCUCCUUCUACCCUCCGGGCGCCCCUUACUCGCGCUACCUCCUUCCCCAUCACUACCCUCUCCCCGGCGGGGGCGUCCCCGCCGUGGGAGGGAUCUUUCCCAGGAUGUACCCCCUGUACAGCAGCCUCCUGCCCCCCCACGUGCCCCUCCUGCACUCCGACACGGCCGGCAGGCGCUUCCUGAUGCCCGACCACGUCCACCCGGCCUCCAUCUCUGCCCACAGAGACUUCCUCCUCCCCCGCCCCACCAGUGCCUUCCAGACGGCCACCUCCCUCAAGGACAAGGCGGCGCCUCACCGCCCUUACCCGGCGCACCCUCCCCCGCACAGACCCGCCCCCCACCACGCCCCCACCAGCGGCUCCCCGACGGCGGGCGCCGCGCCGCCCAACGAGCGGGUGCCCACCAAGCCCACCUCGGCCCUGCUGGGCAACAGCGGCGGCGAGCAUUGCUCCGACGACGAGGCCGUCAACCUGAGCAAGGCGAAGCGCGGCCCGGGCUCGGCGGGCUACAAGGCGCUGCCGUACCCGCUGAAGAAGCAGAACGGAAAGAUCAAGUACGAGUGCAACGUGUGCAGCAAGACCUUCGGCCAGCUGUCGAACCUGAAGGUUCACCUUCGAGUCCACAGCGGAGAGAGACCCUUCAAAUGUCAGACCUGUAACAAAGGCUUCACGCAGCUGGCUCACCUGCAGAAACACUUCCUGGUCCACACUGGGGAGAAACCACACGAGUGCCAGGUGUGUCACAAGCGCUUCAGCAGCACCAGCAACCUGAAGACCCACCUGCGCCUCCACUCGGGGGAGAAGCCCUACCACUGCAAACUCUGCCCGGCCAAGUUCACCCAGUUCGUCCACCUCAAGCUGCACAAGCGGCUCCACUCCCGCGAGCGCCCGCACAAGUGCCCCCACUGCCACCGCCACUACAUCCACCUGUGCAGCCUGCGGCUCCACCUGAAGGGCUACUGCCCGGCCGCCGCCUCCGGCCAGACCGCCUCGGAGGAGCUGCAGCGCGCCAACGAGGAGAUCGAGCGCUUUGACGUCAGCGAGCACGCCGAGCAGCUGGAGCAGCUGCAGGGGGGCGCGGAGGUGGAGGCCGUGCUGGAGAAGCAGGUGUUGGGUUUGCUCUGGCGGGAGCCCGACCUCAAGGCCUCCCGCUUCCACGGCCACCACAAGGGCGGCGCCAGCGACCUCGCGCCGGCGGGUUACGGCGCGUACAAGUCCCCGAGCGAGACGUCGGUCAUCAAGAUGCGGCGCGGCGCCGGCGUCCUGCCGCUUCCCGCCAACGUCACCGUCAAGCAGGAGUCGGAUGAUCACGCGUGAUCGGCGCUCUCCGGACCCGAGGGGCUGAGAGUUUUCGAAGAGUUGCGUGACUCGCGCCACAGACGGGGGUUGCCGGUAGCAACGGCUGUAAAUAAGUAAUUCUCUGCCCGGUUGUCAUGAGGAGUGACGUCAUGACUGCACCAGGUUUUCAACCUAUCAGGGACUCGCGUACUCAGGGCUCAGGAGACACUGUCCCGUGACUACUUAGCGGUUUAUUUCCUACAGACAAUCAUCUACCAGGACUUACCUUUGAUGUAAUUAAUGUAAUGCUAUUAUCAUCAUUGUUGCUGUAUUACUUGGUCUCUAUUUUCACAUGUCGGUUUAAUUUUUUUUGAUCAAUUAGUUGUUAUAUAACCUCCUUAAUUUAUUACACUUUUUAUUUGUCGUCUUGAAAAGCAAUAAUUGGAAGGGAUGGUCCCACUGACGGGCUGAAAUCAAUGUAAGAGGCUAUUUUCUGUUUUGUUUUCUCUGUAGAUAAAACUCUCUCUAUGCCCGCAUCCGUCAGUCCUGCGACCUCUGACCUUUUGAACGAGGGCUGUCAACUCUUUCAGGGGGGUUUUCUAUUAAAAUAAAGAAAACCCACAUAGCAGAAAAGUUUGGAAUAACUUGCCAAAGUGUGGCACAUAAAUUUGUUAUUUUAGCAAGAAGAGCUUUGUUUGAUCCGUGCUUGAUGGCUUCCCAAAUGUCUCUGUCCUUUUCUGAUGCCUGAACUUAAUUUAAUUUGACACAAAAAAGGGCAUUUUUUUGUGUGUAUAUUUUUCACAACGGUUACCUCAGUGUGCAUGUGACGAUGCGCGUGUGCGUGUGCGUGUGCGUGUGUGUGUGUGUGUGUGUUUUAAAGGGACGGCUAAAGGUGGGAGCUUUCUAUUUAUUUGCGUUUUGCUACUUGAAGAAGAAGAAGAAGAAACCAAAACUGAACUCUGGAGUGCAGCUCUCCACGUGGUCCAAACGGAGCGGCCCGCUCAAACAUGUAGCAAAUACUGGACCCCCCCCCCCCCCUUUCACUUCUUUUGUGUUUCUAUUUCUACACAAUACUGUCGACGCCCAACGGGGAGGUGAACGUCCUCCGGCUUGGGGAUUCACACUAGACGCUAGUUACCAAAGUUCACGUGGCUUUAACUUUCACACCAAAAAGAAGAAGAGAACCAAGAAGGGGGGGGGGGGGGGACUCGAGGAUCUAAAUGCUGAAGAAGGGAAGAUGUACUGUGCGUGUGUGUAAAUGAUGAAGUGUUUUAUUUCACUCUUUUUUUUUGAUGUUCUGUUUGUUAAUAUUUUUCGGUUGGGAAGCAGUGGCCCCCCUUCUUCAACCCCACCCGUCCGCCAUCUUGUUGAACUGGCAAACACCAAAGCACCUCGGCCUUCUUCUUUUUUUAUGCACUGCCCCCCCCCCCCCCCCUUUAUAACUUGACACUGUGUACAAUAUGGCAGAAAGCGGUCAUGGCCCUCCUCCGGUCCCUCAUCUUCUCUCACUAAUGUUCGACCAAAGCGUCUCCUCCUCUGAUCACAGCUUUAACCCCAGAGGAGAAUUCCCCUAAAGGACUGUCUCUGUUUACAUGCUGGUUUACAUUGUUAUUUAUGUGCAAAAAAUGUUUUAAAAAAGGUGUAAAUUAUGAUAUAAAUGUUCACUGCUCGAA